GAUGAAAACCUCCGUACUUCUUGCUGCUUUGUUCGCCAUCGCUAGCGCCGAAUGGAUCGAUAUCGAUUGGUCCACGGUGCGCCGGGUCGAGGAAUUCGAUCACUACUGGGCCCGUCUACCGCAGGAAUAUCAAAUCUACCGUUAUGCCACACCAUCGCACCGUAUCGUAAACGGAGAGGAGGCUAUUCCCGGCCAGUUCCCGUACCAGAUUGCGCUGUUGACCAACUUCGGCGCAGGAACUAGUCUGUGCGGAGGUUCCGUGCUCACCAACAACUACAUCCUGACCGCUGCCCACUGUGUUGUUGAUGAAACGACUCUGGCUACCGGAGGUACUGCCAUCAUGGGUGCCCAUAACCGCAACGUCCAGGAGGCUACUCAACAGCGCAUUGCUUUCACGACUGCCGGUAUUACUCCUCACCCCGGUUAUACCAGAACCAACGUCCGCAACGACAUCGCCGUUGUACGCCUGAACUCUCCGAUCACCUUCACCGAUCGCAUCCAGCCUACUCGUUUACCCGGUCGCUCGGAUACUCGUCAGUUCGGUGGAUUGAUCGGAACCGUGUCUGGAUUCGGACGUACCACGGAUACUGGUUCAACUUCGCCUGUUGUCCGAUACACCAGCAAUCCGAUCAUGACCAAUGCUGAUUGCAAUGUGCAUUGGAGCACUACACAGGUACAGCCCCAGAAUGUCUGCCUGGCCACAGACGGUGGUCGUUCAUCGUGCAACGGUGAUUCCGGUGGCCCGCUAACCGUCCAGGAUGGUGGAAGAAGUCUCCAGAUUGGUCUGGUGUCGUUCGGAUCUGCUGCCUCUGGUUGCUCGGGUCCUAUGCCAAAGGUGUUUGCUCGCGUGUCGUACUUCCUGGACUUCAUCGUAGAAAACUCUGACUUUAUUCCUGGCCCGUAAAAUUUCAAAAUGUCAGCAUUCGGUAUCAUUCGGUAUCCGAAAGCAAAGGAUGUAUGGAACUCUAUUUUAUUUUUAUACCCAUUGCGUGUAGAUGAAAAUUGAGUUCCGAUGAAAUUGGUAAUAAAAUAGAAUAGACAUGAAGCACUAUUAGUAUGAAUGCGACGGCCAUGUGUAAUCUGAUCUGAAGAAGAAAUCCAAACUCAUGACGGAACUGAAACCGAUAUCGGCCAGACGCUAAUGUAUAGUGCUUAUCUGUUUGCGCACUGCAUGAGUAUCCCCUGUAGUCCUUUACGGAUCGAAAACAUUUACAUCAUCACUGGUGGUGCCUUUGCACCAUGCUUCGGGACCAGCUGAUAUUUUACAAUUUUAUUUGAUUUUGUGAUUACAAUACCUGAAGAUCGUCAGACGCUCAUGGGAACUGCAAAACAUUUUGCUUAGCUCACAAGUACAUAUGCUACGUGGGUUUCCAACACUUUUGAAAUACGUAUCAGUGAACAGCUUAUGUAUUUCAUACCAGGAUUUGAUAGCGGAUAGCAUGAUACGGUUGAGUUUUUUUACACGCUAUCAGAAAAUGUACCGUCCACUUUGUGCGUUCCGUGGUCACACCCAGCGAAAAUUACCCAACCAGGCAGAUAUUUUACAAGUCUUUCGCGUGAUAAACUGGCCAUAGAUUACUUAUCUAUCGUUGCAUUUCUUCAGGACCUAUAAAAGGCAAGCUUUUGUAUCGUUGCGGUCACUCAGUGUCG